UGUACAGGGAUUUUGAAUUAUUUUGGGGAGAAGACUGGAGGAGGGUGAUGGCCGAAACCACCAGUGAGCAGAAGGAGUUGCAGUUAGAACCCAAAAUGGAGGACCAGGAAACGGCUGGGCCUGAAUCACAGGAGAAUUCGGAGGCAGGACCGAGGGAUCUUCGCGUCGUCCAAAUCGGAGCUACUGGGGAGGUGCUGGAAGGGUCACCCCCAGUCCAGUUUAAACGGGAGCCAGAAGACCAUUGCUGGGAUAAUCAGUUGCAGGAUUUCCUGAAGACGAUGCAGCCCCCUCGAUCGGGAUGGAGGAACCCGGCCCAUUCCCCUCACUACUUGCCAGAGGAAGACACAAAGUAUUUCCAGGCCACGUUCAAGAGAUCAGCUGAUGGCGGUCCGUGGCCCAGAGGUGAAUGCAUGGGCGAUGCACUGCCGGGCCUCAGCAAAGGGGACAGCGAGGUCUACGAAAGCGGCCGGGAGCCGUCCGUGAAAGUGAAAGAGGAGAUUCUGGACGAGGACCCAGGCAGCUCGGAGCUCCGACGCCAGCGCUUCAGGCUUUUCUGUUACGAGGAAGCCGAGGGGCCUCGAGAGGUUUGUAACAAGCUCUGGGAACUUUGCCACCAGUGGCUGAGGCCGGAGACGUACACCAAAGAGCAGAUCCUGGAGUUUCUGAUUCUGGAGCAGUUCCUGACUGUCCUGCCUCCGGAAAUGCAGAGCUGGGUCAGGGGCCAUGGUCCUGAGUCUUGCACCCGGGCUGUUGCCCUAGCAGAGAAUUUCUUGCAAGAAUCUGAGGAACCGGAACAAAAGGUUGCGGGAGGCUUGGAGAAAGCAUUUAGUUCCCCCAAGUCAGAUCCUUCCUCACCAGACAUCCUGAAAAUGCAGCUGCCGUUGGAUGAAAAACAGGAGGCUGACUGGGAAGCAACUUUGUCUGGCAAUGAGCAAACACCAGAUGAUGAAGAGGAAGCUUCCGAGGGGGACCGACCUGAGCAAGUGGUUAUUGGGGGAGGCUUGCUGGAAAGACCCAAAGGGAAAGGUUUCCAGGGUCUUGCGAUAGAAGAGAGAGCUGGAAGUCAUCAGGGAUCAGAAAAUCCUUCGGAAAACUCUCCUGGAAAGGCACCAAAACUUUGUGAGGAACCUGAUAGGGGCUUACCAGAGAGCACUUUUCAGGAGGGAAUCCGCAAGCAUGCUGACACAGGGGAAAACCCCUGUCAGCGUUUUGUAAGUGAUAAACCCCACAAAUGCUCCUUUUGUGAAGCGAGUUUCUAUGAGAGAACGCACUUGGUCAUUCACGAGCGAAUCCACACUGGAGAGAAACCGUUACCAAAUGUUUACCAAUGUGCGAGAUGGUUUUCUCACCCCUCGGAGCUGCUGAGGCAUGAAGAGACCCACAUGCCCGAAAAGCCCCACAAAUGCGGCGUCUGUGGAAAAAGCUUCAACCAGAAGGCCUCUCUGAUCACCCACGAGCGAACCCACACAGGGGAGAAACCAUACGAAUGCUCCGAGUGUGGGAAGAGCUUCAGCACAAGCUCCCAGCUCAUAACGCAUAAGCGAGUCCACACGGGUGAGAAGCCAUACAGUUGCUCCUACUGUGGCAAAAACUUCAACCAGAAAGCAUCCCUAAUCACCCACAAAAGAACCCACACAGGGGAGAAGCCGUACGAAUGUACACUGUGUGGGAAAAGUUUCAGUGCUUGCUCCCAGAUCAUAAACCACAUCAGGGUCCACACAGGAGAGAAGCCGUAUGAGUGCUUAGAGUGUGGGAAGCGUUUUGGGAGCAGCUCCCAUCUGACUGAUCACAAAAGAACACACACAGGGGAAAAGCCGUAUAAAUGUUCCGACUGUGGGAAAAACUUCAGCCGAAGUUCCAACCUGACGGCACAUAGCAGGAUCCACACAGGAGAAAAGCCAUAUAUUUGCUCAGGUUGUGGCAAAAGCUUCAGGCAGAAGGCGUCCCUCAUUACUCACAAGAGAACCCACACAGGAGAGAAACCCUUUGAGUGCUCUGAGUGUGGGAAAAGCUUCAUUUCGAGCUCUCGCCUCGUAAGCCAUAAAAGGGUGCACACCGGAGAGAAACCGUAUGAGUGCUUAGAGUGUGGGAAAUGCUUCAUUUCGAGCUCCCACCUUCUAAGCCAUAAGAGAGUGCACACAGGAGAGGAGCCGUAUAAAUGCUCAUAAAUGCGGGAUACCCUUCCAUUAUUGUGCUGCCCUUCAGAUAACGGGCCGGUUCACACAUAUCCCGGCCAGGAAUCCUGCAUACCAGGAAUGACUAACUUCUAGAAUCUUGAGGACUGCUUAUUUCUCCGGACAGUAACCUGGGGAGGACAAGAAUAGUCAGCUCCACGAUGAAGUUGGCACCUUUUAGCAGUAAGGGCUUCUCCAUAAAGGCACAUGGACAUAGUCUAACCUAUAGAUACAUAUUUGCCAGACCCCAAAGAGAGAUGUAACAUUAAAAGUGUGGUUUCUCUCUGUCUUACAAUUUAAAAACAGCUUUGAUAGGCCAGGUAGAUUUCUUCUAGGUGACAGCCCCAUCCUCCUGGCUAGGCAGUUGCCCACAUAUCCUCUGUAUGCCAGAGGCGCAAGCCGUGUGACGAAGGCUCUCCAGGUCAGCCUGGGUUGAGGUGUAAUGCUGACCUUUGUAAUUCUUUUUUCCUCCCCAGAAAAGGUGACAAAGUAGGUGCUCACAGCACACCAGCGCCACCUGUGCGUAAAUGCAUAGUCUAAGGUGCACGAACUAGGCUAGAUGGACCAAUGGUGUGACUCUGCAGAAGGCAGCUUCAUAUGCUCAUAAUGUGCUCACCGUGUGUACGUGAUUCCCCAGUUGGCAAAUGUGUGAACCAGCCCUGAACACCAGAAUCCCUGUAUGUAGUACCCAAAGGGAAUGGAGGUGCGUAGGCAGUUAGAGGGCAGGGCUGUCCAUAGUGUAUGUGUUCAGGGACAUUUUGCCACAUUGAUUUGUCUGCUGAAGAAUCCCUAAUUAGCUGCCUCAAAAUGCAUGCUGCAAGGAAUUCUGGAAUAUUUUCUAGGGCACCCAAAUAGUGUGCUGAUAACAUCAGCUAGGCAUUUCAGCCUUCCUGUAGCCCUAUGUGUACCUCAGCUCUGGGUCACAUGUGACAGGCAGUAGAAUUAAUACUGAGGAGAGUAGAAUUGGGGUUACCAACCAGCUUGGAGAAAAAUGUCCUGUUGUGUUGACAAUUUUGUGCAAAUAGAUAGCUAAAGUCCCUCAGGGCAUAAAAGGUAAAUAACAUCACUUGUUAAACAACACCCCACACAGCCCAAUCAAAAGGGACAUUUUCCUCCAGGCCUGUUGGCAACCCCAGUAGAUGACUCUACUUUGAACACAGUUUGAAAUAUUCUUUUUUAUUGUUUAGUUUUGUUAUUUAAACUUCCUGCAAAUAGAAAACAGCAUGGCAAGCAAAGAGUACAGGAGUAGAAACUUUCCCCCUGCUCUGCUAGUGUUCGGAGAGGCAUUGUUUUGUUUUGUUUUGUUUUUCACACAGAGGGGGUGUUUCACACAGAGUUAGAAUUCAAAUAUAAACCCCAUAGUCUGAACUGGGGCAGUUUUCUCAGCAUUUUACCACCCAUCACCCCCUGCCUUUGUCGAUCAGGUCUUUGUGUACUUCUGACAUUCUUCCCCUUGGCUGCACACUUCAAGAGCUGUGGAAGAUUAGUUAGCCGCUGACUAUCUGUUUUUCAGAGUAGCCUCUCUGGC